GGAAGGGGGGGAGUGGGGGGGAGAAAGUACUGAGAGCAGCAUGAGACGAGCUGACCCGGCGCGGAAUGUCAGUCGCCGGUUUCUCUCUCCCCCGCCCGUCUCUCGUCCCUUCUCGCCCCCUUUUACGUUGACUCUCCCCAACUUCCCUGGGAGGCUUCGCCGAGGAAGCUCCCCCGUCAUUUUUGAAUCAUGAGCCUGCUUAAUUCAGCCUCCCUAGCGCGUGUUACCAGUAGACCUGCUCCCCCCGUGCAUUUCUUUGUCUUGAAUGGCUUUGUCGGGGGGGGGGGGGAUGUAGAUGUUUUAACUUAUUUAUAUGAAGCGAGUUGUGUUACUUGAAGUAACUGUUAAAGGGGGGGGGGAACCUACACACAUACACAAAGGCCCGGAGAGAGAUCUCCUCCCCCCUUCUCUCUCUCCCCCGUCCUGUUUUAGCCCCCCCCCUCUGUGUUGCACUCGCUUGUGCUUAACUGUGCAUGUGUGUUCAAAGUGUCAGUGUCUGUAUAGCUCCAAGCUGUGACCAAGAUUUCCAAUCCAAAACUACCUAAAUUUCCUGUGUCAUUAAUGGCUGUUGUAGAGGUGAAAUGAUGAAAUACAACUGAACGUGUCCUAACGUGUAGUGAAUAGUGAAUCUGUGACGAAAACUGUGAUUCCAGACAGUAUGUCCUUGCUGUGCCUUUGUAUAUGACUCUUUGCACGAACUUUUAGAGGUGGAUUUGAUUCAGCUCAGCUCCAGUAACGUCUAGUUAUUUCUUUCCUUCUUUUCUUUUUGUGAACAAAGUUAAAAAUAGAGUCAAGGUCUGGCUGUUUGAGCAAAAAUGUGAUCGGCUUUUUAAAAAACCAAUGUUUUUUUUUUAAAGUACUGACUGGACAAAUAAACUUUCUAUUGUAAGUUUUCCCCCUUUCUUUCUCCCACCCCCCUUUGCGCCUUUUCUGGUUUGUGCCUCCUUAGUUUUUAUCUGUCCCAACUGAGCAAAGUUGGAAAAGAAACUCUCUCUAAUGCAACUCAUUUCAGAGCAAUUGUCCAACAGACCGCUGGAGCUAAAGUUGCUCUUUGGAUGGGACUUUAUGUUAGGUAUCCACAGGCGUGGGUUGAGGGAAGAAAGCUGAAGGCUGGCUGGUUCGCUAUGGGGGGAAACACCCUGCCUUCUUCAUUCCUCUAGAUCCUUUAAAUCUCCUGGCAAACCAAGCCCUGUGCCCAUAGGUUUACAAAGAUAGUGCUGCAGACCUUCUCCAGUUUCUAAGCACUAUCCAGCUACGACAACACCCGCCAGUCCCCAUUAUCACACCACUUUUCCCCUUAAAAUGUUUUUGGGGUGGUUACUCUACUUAUUCAAUUCUGUUACAGUUAAGUUUUGCUAGAAAUGUAACGUUACUUACCCCCACCAGGGCUUGAAUGGUUAACUCCUCUCAGCUUCUAAGAGCAACUAAAGAUUUGCUCAUUUACUGACAGGCUACAUUGAUGUCUUCCUUUAAAAGUUAUAAAACAAUAAACUUUAUAAGGCCCAGUUCCGGCUAUAUGACAUUUGGUGCCAAAUGAAUAGGGUUUUGUCUAUGAAUUAGAUUGUAAAAUCACCCGUAGAACAGACAGAUAGGCUCACUGGCUGUAAAAAGUCACGUGGUGCCAUUAAAGUAAGUUUUAUGGUUUUGGGGAGUUGUCAUCCAACAUUAUAUGCCACAUAACAUAUAAUCUCACUGACGCUGGACUUCAUUUGACUCUUUUGCAGGCUAUGGGUGCCUCCUGGUCAUUCCAAUUGUCAGUUUUAGGUACAGAAGUAUCUAUUGUCCAAGUUCUCAAUAACUCUGUGAAAAAAUGGCUCCUGGCAAGUGAAGCGAUUCUGAAAGGCAUUCUCUUGGAAAAGGUCUGAGAAGACACGAAGGAUUUUCCUGGGGAAAAUGUGUUCAUGUAUAAAGACACAGUCGCUUGGCUGUGCGAUGGAAAUGUAUACUUUCUGGGUGGAGAAUGGAGCGCGCAUUGAAAAAUACAUAUGGCAGAUUGUCAUCAUUCAAGCGCUCUCGUCCACCGGAAAAUACGUUUUAAAGAAGCAUAAAAUCUGGGAAGACUUCGGUUCGGUGGCUGGGAGCCCGAGGAGGUCUACCAGGAGGGGCCAUUGGAGGAAAAACGUCACGUGACAGAGGGGUGCCAAUGUUAUUCUUUAAGGGUGUCAAGACCCUGUCAGUUUGUGAAAUAAAUAUUGGGAAACAACGAAAUGCAAAAAGCGACCUACUACGACAGCUCUGCGAUCUAUGGAGGCUAUCCCUACCAAGGAGCAAAUGGUUUCGCUUACAAUGCUAGUCAGCAGCAAUAUCCUCCGCCUCCUUCUUCAUCGCUGGUGGAAACUGAAUACCAUCGACCUGCUUGCUCUUUACAGUCCCCCGGAGGCGGCAGCUCUAUGUCCCACCAUAAGGCCAAUGAAAUCAAUGAGAGCUGUAUGAGGACCAUCAGCGGCCAACCCCUCCAGCCACCGGUCCUUCCAGAGCAACCCCAGCAGCCGCCCCCCAGCCAACAGGCCCCUCCGCCACCACCCCCCUCGGCCUCACCACCUGCAAAUGCCAGCACCAAUGCAACCCCCACUAACAUCACCAAGAACUCCAUCAUGAACUCGCCCACCAUGUCCAAACAGAUAUUUCCCUGGAUGAAAGAGUCUCGACAAAACACCAAGCAGAAAAACAGCGGUUCCAGUUCAGGUGAGAGUUGUGCUGGCGAUAAAAGCCCCCCUGGGCCAGCUUCCUCUAAGAGAGCCCGCACUGCUUAUACAAGUGCCCAGCUGGUAGAACUGGAAAAGGAAUUUCACUUCAAUAGAUACCUUUGCAGGCCAAGAAGGGUAGAGAUGGCUAACUUGCUCAAUCUCACGGAAAGACAGAUAAAAAUAUGGUUUCAGAACCGCAGGAUGAAGUACAAAAAGGAUCAGAAAGGGAAAGGUAUGAUGACCUCUUCGGGAGGACAAUCCCCCAGCAGGAGUCCCGUCCCACCGGCAACUGGAGGAUAUCUGAACUCUAUGCAUUCCCUAGUAAACAGUGUUCCCUACGAGCCCCAGUCACCUCCGUCCUUCGGCAAGCCUCAUCAGAAUGCCUAUGGCAUCCCGACGUCAUAUCCUGCUACUCUUAAUAGCUGCCCGCCUGCUCAAAAGAGAUACACCGGAACUGCAGCAGUGACUCCUGAAUAUGACCCUCAUCCUCUUCAAGGCAAUGGCUAUGGCAAUCCGCAUAUACAGGGAAGCCCCGUCUAUGUUGGGGGCAAUUAUGUGGAUACCAUGGCCAAUUCUGGGCCUUCCAUCUUUGGUCUGACUCACCUCCCUCAUCCUUCUUCCACCAGUAUGGACUACAGCGGGCCGAUGGGCAACAAUCAUCACCAUGGACCUUGUGAUCCACACCCGACCUAUACGGAACUUACUUCUCACCAUCCUUCUCAGGGAAGAAUUCAGGAAGCUCCCAAACUUACCCAUCUGUAAUAUACCAUUAUCAGUUACUAUGUGAACCCUUUAAAAAAAAAACACCGUCUCCCCUCUUUUUUUAAAAGGAAAGGAAAUACUUUAGGCCCCGCCCCCUCUAUUUUACUUUGUUUUUGUUUUCUUUUGGUAAAAAAGCGUUUUCUAGUUUAUGUGACGUAGCAAUAUUUGUUGCUUGAAUCGCUCUCUAGUUUCCAUAGUGAAUAUUUAUCUCCUUGAACUCUUUGCCUGGUGUCCUCGCUUUGAGAGUACCUGAGGCUUUGUACUUUCACGUCAACUCUUUUAUCAAAACAGGGUAUAUGAACAAUUUUUUUCUAUCCAGAUGGUUCUUAAAUGUGAAUUUGUUCGUACAGAAUUGAUCCCAGCCGGGGAAGCAUUUUUAUUUUAAUUGCACUUCUUUUAACUAGCGAGAGAGAAAUCAAAGGCGCUUGAACGGGGUCUCCCUGGGUGGAAUUAUUCAUACGUGUACGUCUUUCAACGUGUGUAUGCUGGUGAACAUUCAGAUUUAUUUAUAUUUUUUGCAAACUUUUAAUAAUCUAAGUGUUUAAAUUUUUUAUUUAUCCCCAUCUGUUCAUAUUUAUAUAUAUAAAGAUAUUAAAAAACUUGUACCCUGAAUAUUCAGGAGAUAUUUACCUGAUUGUAUGUUAGAUAGCAUACGUAGGGUAUCGUUUGAAAAGGAAGCUAGAACUCCUUUAUUUAAAAAUAAAAUGCAAUAAAAUCUGGAAAGCAAACGACAGGCUGCCACAGGAACAAAAAAAAUGGAUGUCUGUAACAUCAAACUAAACGGGAAAUGUGUAAACAGGAACAAGAAAAAAGCUAGAUUUGUUUUGAAAGUUAUACAUUCCUUGCUGCUCACAUUCUGAAAAAAAUAAAGUUUUUAUUCUGAAUAA